GACCGCUGCAUGUCGUAUAGUCGUUCUUGUACUAUUAAGCGAGUAUUCAAAUAUAAAUAUACAUUCCAGAUGGAUGUACUUCGAACAUAGGGAAGACAACAGACAACCUGAAGAAACGGAUAGUGUGAAUUAAGAAAUCUAAGUCGUAUUAAGUGACAAUUGAGCGCGCAUUUAUUUAUCAGUGAAAAUAACAGUGGACAUUAUUUAUGAGUGUUUUCGAUCAUGUGUGAAAAUUGUAAUAAAAUUUAUUGAACAUUACAUAUUUGUUUUGCAUUCAUAACACGAAAUCACAUUCAAGUGCCGCUGCAAUAAUAUUAUGAGUUGUGAUGAUCCAAUAUCAUAGGAUCGAUGAACUUGUUUGAAUUGAAUAUCGGUCGUGUAGAUUUUAUUUUCGAUUCCUGCGAGUAUGUUUGUGAACGCAUUAAAGACUGAUAUGGCAACAUAAGAGUGUUUGCUUACAUAAAACGAACAAUAGAACGCUAGCUCCCUUCCAGCGACGACGGCUCGACACUCAUUCAAUAUCAUAUCGUCUAUUUAUCUUGGAGCUGUGUAGAUCUUCUCUAGCUAUAUCAACAAUGUGACGUUGUAACCGCAAAGUUUUCCUAGUUCCAAUCACAGCAACUUUCCAGUCAUUCGACAUAUUUAUAAAUAUAACGAAAACUGUUUCGUUCAAAGUUUCUCAAAAAUCUCCGUUAACAAAAUAAUAUAGAACAAUAUCAAAAUGGAUAAGUUAGCGAGAUCGGAAACGACUGUGUCACAAGACACAACCGAGGAUCUACCGCUGAAAUCGGAAACCAAAGAAGUUCAGAACAUGACGUUUUUAGAAAAACUGAAAUAUUUGAAAGCGAAUGUUACAGUGGAACCAGUUUUGGCGUUUUUUGUGAUGCCGAGCGUAUUGGCAAUGUUGGCGACGCAAAAUUUGAACUUGGACAAAGCUUGUCGGGUAAAUUUAGAGUUUGGUGACUCAGUGUGUACAGACUUACGCCUAAGAAAGAGAGCUAAUCAUACUUUUGAAGAGGAUGAAGUCCAAAAACUAAUUGCGUCUGUUCAAGCUUGGAAAAGCGUGGUCCACACUGCCGUGCCUACAUUGUUGAUGCUGUUCAUCGGGGCAUGGAGCGACAAAACCGGAAAGAGGAAAAUUUGUAUGUUAAUGCCAAUCUUUGGGGAAUUCAUGACAUGCAUAUUGAAUAUGUUAAACACAUAUUUUUUCUACGAAGUCCCAGUGGAAUUCACUGUGUUGAUGGAAGUUAUAUUCCCAUCGCUGACAGGCGGAUGGUACACAAUGUUUCUCGGUAGUUUUAGUUAUUUGGGCGAUAUAACUUCGAGAGAGACUAGGACUUUUCGAAUGGGCAUACUAAGUUUAUGCAUGACGAUUGGUUUCCCGAUAGGUAUGGGAUUCAGCGGAGUUCUGCUUCGAUAUAUAGGAUAUUAUGGAGUUUUCAGCAUAUCAGCCGCGUUGCAAUUUUUAAACUUUUGUUAUGUAUUUUUCGCUAUAGAAGACCACACUUGGCUGGAGAACAAAGAAAAGGUAAAGAAGACUGGUUGUACCGGUUUCUUGGUUGAGUUCUUCGACGUCCACAGUUUGAAAGAAACAUUUGAGAUUGCUUUCAAGAAAGGUGCAAACAACAGGAGAUUAAGAAUAUGCCUCGUACUAACUGUGGUGUGCUUGACUUUUGGACCUAUGUGGGGUGAACUCAGCGUCAUGUAUCUCUUCGCCCGAUACCGUUUCAACUGGGACGAAGUCAAAUACAGCAUAUAUUCCACAUACAGCCUCAUUACUCAUUCAAUAGGGACCCUGUUCUCGAUAAGCGUGUUCAGCAAGAAAUUGGGAGCGGACGACUCGGUCCUGGGCAUAAUAUCUACAAGCAGUAAAGUCUGCGGAGCUUUAGUGCUAGCCUUCGCCAGGAACGACUAUGAGGUUUACAUGUCACCCCUCUUGGAAAUAUUGAAUGGGACAACCGCAAUCGCAUUACGUUCGAUCGCAUCCAAACUGGUGUCAUAUCAAGAACUAGGAAAAGUGUACUCGCUGUUUGGCGUCGCUGAAACGACAAUGCCGCUGAUUUUCGCGCCGCUCUACUCCCGAGUGUACUUGCUGACGCUACAGGUCCUGCCAGGCGCUGUGUUCCUGAUGAGUGUGGUGGCCACCCUGCCUUCUAUAGCCAUAUUCGGAUGGUUCUACUGUGAACACAAGCAGGAUAUGAAAGAAAAGAGGUUGAACGUGGUCCCGCCAUUACCGAACGAGAUUCCAGUCAUUGUGCCAUAGUUAAUUGAAUAGAAUAACUCGACGUGAGAUGUGGUCAGUACCCCUAGCACGAACCAUUAUCGAAUCCGAAUAGUUUGCAAACUGAAAUGUCAAUGUCAAAUUUCGUAUGGAAACUUGAACAGCAGCGGCCCAAAGUACGUAACGAGAACUAAAAAUCAGUACACAUUUGACAAUGACAUUUCGGACUCGCAAACGAUACGAAUUCGAUAUUGGUUCGUGCUAGGGGUAAUGAUGUCCGAUUUAACAUCUUUUCAGGAGAGUCAUUUAUUGUUCUUUUAGCUAAAUCAGUAAAUACUCACGUUCAG